AUGGCCGCCAACCCGGUUCAGAAUGGACUGUUCGUCCACGAUAACACUACUGCCCCCGAGCAUCCCAGCCUGAUGAGCAUGUUCUCCCUCAAGGGGAAGACAGCCAUCGUGUCGGGUGCCGCUGCUGGUAUCGGUCUCCAUGUCGCCCAGGGUCUGGCGGAGGCCGGUGCCAACGUAGCGCUGUGGUGGGGCUCCAACUCCAGUUGUAUCGAGCGGGCCGCCGAAAUUGCCUCCCAGUACGGUGUGCAGGCCAAGGCGUACCAGGUUGAGAUCACCAACGCCAGGACUGUUGAGGAUGCCGUCAAUGCCGUUGUCAAGGACUUCAACGGUCGUCUGGAUGUCUUCAUUGCCAACGCUGGUGUCCCCUGGACUCAGGGCCCCAUGGUUGAUGGCUCUCUGGACCACUACCGCAAGGUUAUUGGUAUCGAUCUCGACGGCACUUUCUAUUGCGCCAGGGCGGCUGCCGCACACUGGCGCCGCCAGAAAGAGGAGGGCACCGAUGCUAACGGCAACAAGCUGGCCAACUUUAACCAUGGCAGCUUUGUGGCCACGGCCUCGAUGAGUGGUCACAUUGUCAACUUCCCUCAGAUGCAGGCCGCGUACAACGCCUCCAAGUCUGCUGUCAUCCACCUCUGUAAAUCCCUCUCUGUCGAAUGGGUCCGCUUCGCCCGUGCCAACACCGUUUCCCCGGGGUACAUUGCCACGGAGAUUUCCAACUUUGUCCCCGAGGAGACCAAGAACAUUUGGCGCGACAAGAUCCCCAUGGGUCGUGAGGGUCUUCCUCAGGAGUUGAAGGGUGCUUACCUCUACCUCGCCUCAGAUGCCUCCACCUACACCACCGGUGCCGAUAUCGUUGUUGACGGUGGCUACUGUGCGCCGUAG